AUGGAGGAAGGAAACCGGACGUCGUUAACGUAUUUUAUCCUUGUUGGACUGACGGAGAACCCUGGAUUCCAGCCGUUUCUCUUCGCGGUCUUUUUAUGUUUCUACGUGGUCACCGUGAGCGGUAACACGUGUAUCAUUCUCGCCUAUCGUCUGUGUUCUGCUCUUCAAACCCCGAUGUACUUUUGUCUCGCCAACUUCUCCUUCAUAGAAAUAUGCUACGUAUCGACUAUCGUCCCCAAAACGUUGGCGAAUUUUCUUGCGGAACAUAAAACGAUCUCUUUUCGGGGCUGUGCCCUUCAAAUGUACUUUGGAUUUCUUUUCGGUGGUGCGGAGUGCUACAUGCUCGCGGCUUUGGGCUACGAUCGCUAUAACGCCAUAUGCUUCCCGCUCCUAUAUAACACUAUUAUGAGUAGGAAAGCGUGCCUCCAGCUCGUACUGGGCUCAUAUCUCAUUGCUGCAGGAAACGCUUUGGUCCACAACGUCCUAACGUUCGCUCUACCCUUCUGCGGGUCUAACAGGAUCAAUCAUUUCUGUUGCGACGUCCCACCGAUACUGGAACUGGCGUGCGCGGACACCCGUAUCAACGAGGCGGUCCUUUUCGGCUUAGCCGGUUGCGUCAUCAUCGGCUCGUUCGUAUUUAUCAUGUUUUCCUAUAUAAAAAUCAUCUCGGCGGUUCUAAGCAUGCGUUCCACUUCGGGGAGGAAGAAAGCGUUCUCUACCUGUACCUCCCACUUCAUGGUUGUUGCUAUUUUCUACGGUUCCGCCAUUUUCAUGUAUUUUAGACCCAAAUCAGCUUAUUCGAUGUAUCAGGACAGACUGGCCUCGGUGAUGUACACAGUAAUUGCCCCGCUGUUGAACCCUUUCAUAUACACUUUAAGGAAUAACGAUAUUAAAGUAGCUCUCAUCAAACUAAUCGGCAAAAAAAGCCAAAGGCCCAAAAUUAUAAUACAUUGUGGAUGA